GUCCCAUCAGGUGGGAGAAAAUCCCUAACGAAUCAAAGAAAAAUGAUAUGUCAAGGGCGUGGUUCACAGCAAAAGAGGACUCCAUUCAUAUCAAAACCAUGACGUUCUGUUUCUGGUGCGUAUAUUGUCGUCGUGGGGCACCAAGAAAGAAAAGAGCCACAGUGUUUGCCAGUAAACCGAAUCCCAGACGUGAUCUCAUUUUUUUCAGAUUCUACAUUUACAGUGACAACAAGGAUUCUACGAAGCGAGUAAAGACGCAAGAUAGAGAGCAGUUUCCUGAUUCAUGGAAAGGAAUGGAGAAACCCUUCAAAAUGUACAACAACAGCAAAAACAUAACUGUGAAACUUAUGGUGGAUCCUGAGAAGGGCUGGGAAUUAGACGAGACACCUGGUGAGCAGGUGUACAUCUACGAUGAUUCCCACGGCGGUAGAUUUCGCUAUAAAGAUGCAUGUGCUUUUGCAGUAAAACCAGUGAAAGGUCGAGAAGUAGAAGAAUUCUCUUGUAGUCUAUCGUUUCAGCAAGAGGGCCAUGAUACAGAACAUGCAAUCUACUUGAACCCUGGCUUUUCACUUGUGGAGAAGUCGGUCGAGCCCGCAAAUGCUUGUACGCAUUUCAACAGCGCAGCUGGAUGCUCGACUUCCUCAGCCCCAGCGGAAAGUGACAGGCGCAGCUCAGACGAACAACCAAAAACUCCUCGAGGUUUGAAUAAAUCACGGUCGGUUAAUUUUUCGCCCACCCAUUUUUUGGCCCACUCCCCACCCCAACCAAAACCUACCGCAAAGUAUAAUUUAUUUGUUCACACGGUGAGACAGAAAAAUCUUGUUGAUGAUUCGAAGCUCCUCAGCAGCUUGCUGGAUAAUAGGUCAUUUUUAAAGAAAGUAUGUGACCGUUUGGACAGAGAAAUGAAGAACUAUGGAGACUAUCGCGAUGUUUGUUCACAUUAUGGUUUUGACAGGUAUGAAGUGGCCGCAAAUUUUGCAAAACAUGAUGCCGGACCAUCAACAGCCCUAUUAGAAUACUUGGCAGUUAAAUAUCCAAAGCUAACAGUUGAUGAGUUUGCAAGUGUGUUGAAAAACGUUACACAGAGAAAUGACGUUGUCGAGAGUUUAGAGGAAUAUGAUAACGAGUAA